AUGCAAGGCAACGCAUUAAAUACAGCAAUUGAGUAUUUUUCAGACACCUUAAACAGAAAAUCCGUAGCUUUGCAGUCACAAAAUUUAAACACUUUUUUGACCUUAUUAUCCCAGCUUCUCCAACACAAUAAUCUGAAACUGAGAAUUGACUUAAAAGUCUUAGGGAAAAAUUGUUUGCAUUGCGGGAUGUACAUCAAGCUAGAAAAUUUAAAAAAAGCUGCUAAUAUCAGUUUAAUUGGAAGUUUUUAUAUUGUGGCAGUUUUUUUCAAAAAUUAUUAAAAUUAAUUGCAAAGGAUUUGCACUAUCCAAACAAUUUUUUCCAAAUCUUCCAUGGCAACUAUCACAAUAUCAAAACAUUCCAAUCAAAAAGUAUCACUCCAAAAAAGCGAUCCCAUUGCCGUGUAGUCCGCUAGAACAUUUCUUUUGUGGAGCUGAGUGCCUCAAAAGGCAUGCACUAAUGUGCACUAAUAAUACACUACUGGAGCUAGAAUUCGUAAGAUGUCCAGGAUGCAGAAAGACGAUUUCUUAUGAUAUCAUAAAUGAAGCGUUCCAAGGAAGAAUUCAGCAGCUGCAAAAUGAUGCGUGCGACAGAGCUUUAAACAUGCUUCUUGAUGAUGAAACCAAGGCCAAGAUGAAACCAAAAUUUACAUGCCAAAUUUGUUUUGGAGAAUAUGAUAUAGAAGAAGGGAUCACACUUGACUGCGAUCAUAGGUUUUGCAUUAAUUGCAUUAAGAUGCAGAUAGAAAUGCUUAUAGACUCUGCACAAGUCAGUGAUGAAAAAUUAAAAUGUCCCAAUUGUCCUCAACCGAUAAGUGUAUAUGAAAUAGAAGAAAUUGUGGGGCCAGAACUCUUUGAAAAAUAUGAGAAAUUCAAGCUAAGAGGUCUGAGAUUGGAUAAAAAUGAUGAAAAUGGUAUGAUUUUUCAUUGCUUAGGUGCUGAUUGUGAAUAUAUUUGUAUUGUCGAAAAAGGAGAAACAGAGUUCGAGUGUCCUAGAUGCAAAUUUAAAUGCUGUCCUUCAUGUAAAGAAGACACUCAUAAAGGAAGCACGUGUGAGGAAUAUAAGCAAUGGAAAAAAGAAAACUCGGAAGCUGACAAAUUAUUUGAUGAGUUAAUAGAACAAGAAGGAAUGCUGAAAUGUCCAGAAUGCGGAGCUGCAGUGCAAAGAAUUUCUGGAUGCCAAUACAUGGUAUGCUCUUCACCUCAGUGUCAAGGAAGAACUUAUUUCUGCUAUGAUUGUGGAAUUAAGCUAGCUGGAGAUCAUGCACCUCAUGAUUGCAAGCCGAGAUGGAAAGCUAAUCAACAGCCGCAGCAACCAGGGAUUUUUGGAGGAUUUGGUGGCAUGGGAUUUGGGAAUAUGUUUAUUCAACCCCAACCUCUAAGGCCAAGAAAAAUUCGAAGAAGAGGGAAAAGAAGGUAA